UGAUUAUAUUCUAUUUUAAAACUGUUAAUAACUAAUAUUACUGAUUGGAAAUGAGUUUAUUUCAUUCUAUAAUUUCUAGGUAUAUAGAAUAGAAAAUUAGAUCUUGUUUAAAUUUAGUUAACUCCAAGGUCAAUAAAACUUCCUACCUAGAUAGUUUUACUGACCUGGGGUAACUCCAUUUUCUUUUUGAACACUCUUUCGCUAUUGUUAUCGAUUUUAUGACGAUUCUUUGAAUCUAUUUUGAAGUUUGAUUCAAUUUACAGUGUUAUUAAUUUUAAUGGAAAGAAUAAUUGGAAUUAAUUAAUUUUUUCAAAUAGAUGUGAAAAUAAUAAUAUUUUUCCUUGGAAUCAUAAGCUUUCUCAAUCUUCAUUAUUAUAAUUUUUUAAUCAUGAAUAGGAACAAACACCGAUCCUAACCCUGGAAGAAUGACAGAAAACAAGGAUCAAGGUGAAUUGCAACAGUUAGUUAUAAUGGAUGAAGAACAAGGUAGUGCUGACAAAUUUGGAGAAGUCACUCCUCCUGUUAGCCCUGCAGUCACUAAAACUUCUCCUGAAAGUAUCAAAGAUGUAUCCUCUUCUGGUGGAUAUAGUGCUCGUGGUGUGGCCAGUAUUGGUGGUUCCUCCAGUUCUCGAUCUCUCAGCAGGAUAGUGACUGUACCUGCUUUAGGCUCAUCGCAUACUUCAAACAUUACUGGGUCUAGUACACGUUUUAUAUUUGUCAAUGAGAAGCAGAGCAAUAGGCCACCAAGACCAGCUCAUCCACCACCAGCUAAUCGCUUGAAGCGAGUGGGCCUCUUGGAACGCCCUGUUCAACACCACUGUUUUCUAUCAGAUGUCACUGAUGUGAGGAGGAUGGAGACUGCACUUCUGUCACUUUUGGAAGACUUCCAUUCUGGAAAUCUAAAAGCAUUUGGUAAAGACUGUAGUAUGGAAGAGAUGACAGGUAUUCGGGAACAGCAGGAGAGGCUCGCCAAACUCCAUUUCGAAUUAGGAGCUUCGCGAGAUCUGUAUGCACCUCUCAGCGAUGAAGGGCUGCAGGAAGGAAAACAGAAUAUGGCUGCGCUUAUGGCCAGCCUUGAACAGCUCAGCGAAUCAAUUGAGAAACUUCACACAUUUUCUAGUUCACAUGAUUCAUAAUAUAAUCAUACAUUUUUACCACUUUCCUAUUUGGUUCAACUCUUUAUUAAUUAAAAAUACUUUGAAAUUUACUUAAAUUUAUUUAUACACGGUAAGUGCUUAAUGUAUGGCAAGUGGUGAAAGUAUAUAUUUAUUCUAAAAUGUUUCAUUUUAUUAUAUGGUAUGGUCAAUAUUUAAAGUUAUUAUUAUAAAAGCUUAGCUUCAUUUAGAAAUAUUUUUAAUUUUAUAUAUUAUUAUUUUUUUUAUGAAAAGUGCUAUUUCUUAUGCUACUUAUAUUAUUUUUAUUUUUGUUAUAAAUAUAUGAAAGUAAUUCUGUUCGGUAAGUUAAUUUUGUUUGUUAUUUCAUUUAUCAUUAAGUGAAAUUAAAAUGGUUUGUACGUUUGUUUUAUUGUUGUUUUUUAAUUGAAUUAUCUACCCUGAGUUAGCUUGUAAGUGACUUCUGAAUAAUUAUGUCUCAGGAAAAGUUGUUUUUUGCUUGAAGAAUAAUCAAAUAGGUUUUUUAAUUUUCUUACUUAAUAAACCUUCUCUAUAAGGUAGUUGUUUCCUUAUAAUUUAGUCUAAAUAUAAUUUCUGUUUCCUUUGUUGAUUUGUUUUAUUACUAAAAAGGUGUACUAAGAAUAGAAACAGACCUAAGUUAUAUGGAUGAUUUUGGUUUAUAAGAUUAAUUUAUCUGUUUAGGCAAGCUGUAGAUAUGAGGUUAACCACAAAAUCAGAAUUUUUUGUUAUUCAUCCAAAGUGUUAAAUUUAUUAUUUUAUAUUUUUAUUAAUUAUUAAAUACCUAAUGUAUGAAAUUUAUAUUUAAUUGUUAUUGUCAAUAAGUGCCAUUGAUGCUCCAAUAUAAGCUGUGUGAAAUAAAAAUUAUUUCUCAAAAUCAUUAAAUUCACAUGCCAAAGGUUAUGUAAAUGUGUCCAAUAUUUUUAUUAUAUAUCAUGAAAUUAAUAGAUUUUAUAUGUAUAGCUAUUUAUAAAUUAAUGUUGUAUAAAAGAAUUUACUUAAGAAGUAAUUUAAAUGGCCAUCAUUGCUUGACUGCUAAGCUAAUUAUAGUGAAAUGUUCUAUAUCGGACAGAUUUUUUUUUGUAAAGUUACUUCUUAUGCUCAAUGUUGUUUGUUUAUAGUAGCAUUUUAUAUACAUUUAUACCUUUAUUAGAAUUUUUAAAAAGUACUAGUUAAUAAAUAAUUACCAAAAUGGUUGUUAUAAUGUAAAAAAGAAUUUCCCUUACAAUAUAUUAUUACAAACAAGAGGUUGUUCAUGAAGUUAUAUAGAACUGCUGUGAUAUGCAUUUUAUGACCAUUGUUGUGAAUAUAUAAUUAUCUUAUUAU